GACCUAAGUAUGGUUCUCAAUCAGAGACAACGAUAGACAACUGCUUCUGAUUGAGAACCACACAUAGAAAUAUAAAACAUAGAACAAAAACAUAGAAUGCCCACCCCAACUCACGCCCUGACCAAACCAAAAUAGAGACAUAACAAAGGAACUAAGGUCAGGGCGUGACAUGGGCAAAGGAUGAAAUUUGGGUUGAGAGUUACCAUUUAAGGAAAAUGUUCUCGUUUAGUAUUUCUCCAGUAGGUUUCCUCAGGGAGAAAGCCUGCACUUCUAUGUCAAAGAUAAUAAAACAAAAAUACUAUAGUAGUGUCUGCAAGAACACUACAGCAAAUACUACAGUCAGCAAAAACACUACAGUACAUAUUAUGGUAUACUACAAUCCGCAAAAAACACUACAUUAAGUACUGUAGUAUACUGUAUACUACAGUUUUUAUGCUGUAGUUAACUUUUAACUGCCUAGUUAAAAGGCAAUUUUUUUUGGAAACACUUCACUAUACUACAGUAUUCACUGUACUGUUUUGUCCACAAAAAACUACAGUGAAUGGAGCCAGCAGCAUAACACCCUGCAUCCCACUUCUGGCUUAAAUCUCAAUCUCAGGGUUGGUCCUGGAUGGGAGACCAGAUGCUGCUGGAAGUGGUGUUUGUAGGGCCAGUAGGAGACACCUUCUUCUGGUUAAAAAAUAAAUCAUUUCCCCAAGGCAGUGAUUGGGGACAUUGCUCUGUGUAGGGUGCUGUCUUUCAGAUGCAACGUGAAAUGGGUGUCCUGGCUCUCUGUGGUCACUAAAGAUCCCAUGGCACUUAUUGUAUGAGUAGGGAUGUUAACCCUGGUGUCCUGACUAAAUUCCCAAUCUGACCAUCAUGGCCACCUAAUCAUCCCCAGCUUCUAAUUGACUCAUUGAUCUCCCCAAUUGUCAUCUAAGAAACACAUUUUUAAAUGGUUAGAAUUUUGGUACAUCCUCUUUCUGACGUGUGUCUCUAUCUUUUCCCUCAACAGCAUAUACAUUAACUACUGCAAUCGUGUCGUGGGUUAGGGGUUGGGCUAUGACCAGCACUGGGUGUAGUCUAUGUCUGUAUAAUCAUGGGGUCCGGACGCUUGUCCAGGGGCUUGUGUUAAUCGGCACUGGGCACGGUGCCCUGCGUCCAGACCAGUACACCAGCACACCAUGGUAGGCGGGGGAGAGCCUAAAGCCCUGCGGUUCAGUAUGGAACAAUGGAGGGCCCAGCAAUGUGCUGACUCCUACCCCGUCCCACAGGCCUGGGCUCCAUUUACCACCACUGUGUAUAAAUAGGCCCGUUUACUCAGGGGUCAGGACAUCGUUUUGUGGAGCCCCCCUUGAGCGCUACACAGCAAUUUUUUGGGGUAGGUCAGGUCAAUUAUUACUGAGAUAUCAAACAUGGCGCUGACUACUCCUAACCCAGUGGGACCAUGGAAGAUCACUGUCUACGACCAGGAGAACUUCCAGGGAAAGCGUAUGGAGUUCACUGCUUCCUGCCAGAACAUCAUGGAGUGUGGUGUGGACAACAUCCGCUCCCUGAAGGUCGAGUGUGGAGCCUGGGUAGGGUACGAGCACUCCAGCUUCUCCGGGCAGCAGUUUGUGUUGGAGCGUGGAGAGUACCCUCGCUGGGAGUCCUGGAGCGGCAGCAACGCCUACCACAUCGAAAGGUUGAUGUCCUUCCGCCCAGUCUGCUCUGCUAACCAUAAGGAGUCCAAGAUUGUGGUGUUCGAAAGGGAGAACUUCAUUGGCAAGCAGUGGGAGAUGAACGAUGACUACCCCUCCCUGCAGGCCAUGGGCUGGGGCAACAACGAGAUCGGAUCCAUGCAGGUCCAGAGUGGAGCCUGGGUGUGCUACCAGUUCCCCGGUUACCGUGGCUACCAGUACAUCAUGGAGUGCGACCGUCAUGGCGGAGAGUACAAACACUACAGGGAGUGGGGCUCCCACGCUCAGACCUUCCAGGUCCAGUCUCUGCGUCGCAUCCAGCAGUAAGAGCGUCCACAGCCUCCUCCCUCUUUCACCCCUCCUCUUCCUCCUUUCCCCUCAUCCCUCCUUCGCCCUAUCAUUCCAAGCUUGACCAGUAGUCCUGUUAAACCUCCAAGACCGACGGCUCCUGAAGCUUCUGGUGCUCCACAGCGACAAACCUGUUUCCAGCACUUUUGUUUUGUUCCAUCGCCAAAAGAAGAAAAACGAGAGAACGAAAGAAUAAGAUAGAAAAGUGACAUAUGCAUCCCACAUCAAGCGGAGUGAAGGGUCUCGGGUGAUGUGGUGGUACAACCCAGGCUUUGAUGCUGUUCUUCAGUGUUGUCACAGGGAAUUCACAGCCACAGUGAUCAAUAAAGACAAAAUUAGCAAAAAAAUAAACAGCGAUACAAGUCUGCUAUUAA